AUGCCUGAUGAUCACCAUAGGAUCUUCAAUUCGAAUUAUAGAUAUUUUAAUCAUUUACGCCAAUUAUUAAUAGAUAAAAUAUUGGUGGUUAAAAAUAGAACUACUUCUGUAUCAGAUAAAAAUAGGCAAACAAAGACCUUUAUUCGAUUUUGUUCCAGGCCUCACGUGAUUUACCUGGGAUACUACUUUGCCUGUGGAUUUGUAGGAAAUAAUAAUCAAUGUUGUCAACAACCAGCUGCUGUCGUACUUUCACACAAUCGACGAAAAUGUAAUAAUCAUCUCCCGAGUUUCAUAAUACAUGGUAAUAAGAGACGUCGAACUGGCAAAUUACCUCAAAACCCUAGUUUUUAUGUCCAUAAUCAUAGUUAUAUCCCUCAUAAUCACGCAAAAGAAGUUCAUUCAACACGAUUAGGUAUCUCAUACGACGUUAUUAUACGUAGAUAUAAUGAAUGGAAAGGAAAACAUGAUUUUUAUCUUCAAAAUGUAAUGGAACUAACAUCUACAAAAACGAAAAAAGGUGUGGCCACCUCGCACAUGUACUACAAAGAAUAUCAUAACUUUGCACUUGAUGCUAACUGUACACAACAACAAAUUAAAUGGUGGAAUCGUUUAAAAUUUUCAAUCUUCAAAUCGGAGAGAUCUCUCGGUCAAGUCAAACCCUUUUUAAUUAAUGAGCACUCGUAUGUGUACAAAAAAAUUCAACAUGCAGUUGAACAAAGUUCACAACAUAUUAAAUGCGAUUGGAAAAUAGAAAAUGAUAAAACCCUUCGCAAAAGGAUCAAAAACUGGAAACACCGUGUCAAAAUGCGCAACAAGAAAAAGAAAACGAAAAGAAGUUAUCUUAAAUAUCAAAAUAGUUUACAUUCACGCUUACCUCCAAUAGUUGAGGACAAGGUCAUUGAAUCUAAUAACAAUAAUCAAGCUACUUUUUUUUUAGAUAAACUUAUUAUGGAUUUCCAUCGAGCUCACUUUGCUCCUAUUACUCCUACUCGACAACAAUAUCCUUCUACGCCCAAACUUGAUCAUCUUCAAUCGAUCAAAGAUAAUGACGAAAGACCCAUCAGGAAACCAAGAAAACGAAAAAUCAAACUUUCACCCACACCUGGGCAUGACCAAUAA